ACUACAGCAUGGUGUAAGAUUUGGACUUGCAACCUGCAACUCUAAAUCAGUAACUUUAACUACAGCACUACUUGCUGUGCCCUGCGUGUGUGUUUUUGAAAUUAUCCUUUUUAGUACACAGUUGUUAUUAAUUGUGCAAUGUAAUAUUCUGUUACUCUUGUAUGUUCUAUGUGUACUUUGGACCUCCUCUCAGGAAGAGGAUCUGUUCUGAACUGCACCACACAAGUGUUUUUGAAUUCAGUCUGUGGUUUUUUUCAUGAGGUCCUUCAUUCAUAAAUUUUAUGUUGCUGGCCGCAAGAAAUCCGUUAGAUGGUGGUCAAGACAACAUUGCCGCCUGGUAAAGAGAGGCCUGUCUCCAUCAGCAUUUGAAUAGUCAUACUGGAGGAGGGGUGCUCUUUUGCUUGUCUGUGAGAUUUUCCACCCCAGCCUGAAUAAGACAUUGAACUGCAGCCAUGCCAUCCGCUGUCGGAGGACCUGUGGGUUACACCCCUCCCGAAGGAGGCUGGGGGUGGGCCGUGGUGGCAGGUGCCUUCAUCUCCAUCGGCUUCUCCUAUGCUUUCCCAAAGUCCAUCACCGUCUUCUUCAAAGAGAUCGAGGAUAUCUUCAAUGCCAGUAGUAGCCAAGUCUCUUGGAUCUCCUCUAUUAUGCUGGCCGUCAUGUAUGGUGGGGGUCCCAUCAGCAGUAUCCUGGUGAACAAGUAUGGGAGCCGUCCUGUCAUGAUAGCUGGGGGCUGCCUGUCGGGUAGUGGGCUGAUCGCUGCCUCCUUCUGCAGCACAGUGGUCGGCCUGUACUUCUGUGUGGGAGUAGUUGGAGGUUUGGGACUGGCCUUCAACUUGAAUCCAGCAUUAACCAUGAUCGGGAAGUACUUCUACAAGAGACGGCCCAUUGCUAACGGAAUCGCCAUGGCUGGCAGCCCUGUCUUCCUAUCCACACUGGCCCCCCUCAACAGUUGGUUUUUCGACAAGUUUGGCUGGAGGGGCAGUUUCCUCAUCCUGGGAGGACUCCUGCUAAACUGUUGCGUGGCUGGGUCCCUAAUGAGGCCUGUCGGGCCCAAAUCCACCCCUGUGAAAGCCCUGAAGGAUUCUGGAAAGGCAGGUGAUGGCACAGAACUCACAGAUAGCAAGGUCAAGGAAAAAAGGACAGUGCUUCAGAAGAUCAACAGGUUUAUUGACCUCACCCUUUUCACCCACCGUGGUUUCUUGCUCUACCUCCUGGGCAAUGUGAUAAUGUUCUUUGGCCUCUUUGCACCGCUGGUCUUCCUCAGCAACUUUGCCAAGAGUAAGGACAUCCCCAAGGAUGAGGCAGCCUUUCUGCUGUCAAUUUUGGCCUUCGUGGACAUGGUGGCACGCCCUUCUAUGGGUCUGGUGGCCAACACAGCCUGGGUGCGGCCCCGCGUGCAGUACUUCUUCGCUGCUUCUAUUCUGUACAAUGGUGUGUGCCACGUGCUCGCGCCAUUGUGCACAAAUUACGUGGGCUUCGUGCUCUACUCCAUCUUUUUCGGUUUUGCUUUUGGCUGGUUGAGUGCUGUGCUCUUCGAGACUCUGAUGGACCUGGUGGGCGCUCAGCGGUUCUCCAGCGCUGUGGGCCUGGUCACCAUUGUGGAGUGCAUACCUGUGCUACUGGGCCCCCCCAUGCUGGGCAUGUUUAAAGAUGUCUAUGGUGACUACAAGUACACCUACUUUGGCUGUGGAGUCUUUCUGAUCCUCUCCAGCAUCAUGUUGUUUGUGGGAAUGGGUAUCAACUACCGCCUACUGGAAAAGGAAAGGUGUGAGGAGGAAGGGAAGAUGAAGCUGAAGGAAAAAGGAGAGGAGUCUAAUGCGGACAAUACGGCCAAUCAGAGCCAGGCUGAGAAUGAUAUAGUGCAAUCCCUCAAAACAGUGGAAGAAUCAAAUGCCAAGGAAGACGCAGUGUAACGGCUCAUGAUCAUCCUGUAAAGCCAUUUUCUGGUUGAGAAAAUGCACAUGCAGUUGGCGUAUCUGUUCAAGAUGAACAAUGGCUUCUUCUUACGUUUGUCAUUCAGGGGUGUUGUUCACAAAGACAUCACCCAUCACCCCCCAGGGCUUUCUAUUCCUACUGUUCUCUGACCUCAACUCCACCAGUGAGCACAGCAUCUUAGGAACAGUACAAAGAUGUCAUGGACAGAAGCAUUACGUGACAUAUUUUUAUAGGUUUUUUAACAGUAGGCAAUAUGGUGCUUGCAUGGAUAAAUAGCACGUCUACAGAUUUAACAUCAUCACUGCUUUGUAGCACCUUUUGUGGGUUUUUUGCAGGUUUUAUUUAAAGAAGUGUCUGGCUUGACACCAUCUAAUCAGUCUUAUCGCCUUUUAACAAGGGCGUAAUCUUAUAAUGCCAUAAUUCAGAUUCAGACCUAAGGAAGAGCUGAUUACAGUAAUGCCAGGAAUUUAUUUGGUGUUUGUUUUUUUUCUUCUUUUUUUUACUUUUUGUGUUCAGCAUCAUACAUGCGAUGAUUGCUCAGACUAGAGAUAAACAGGACUUCCUCAUAAAACAGGGAAUUCCAAGUUAUGAGCAAAUGGAGUUUGUAUAGUAAAAUUGUCAUAACAAGCUAUCAACUCACACUUACAUACCUUACAAGAAUAAGCAUUACUGUACAAAGUACACACCAUGUGACUUUGAGCAGCAGAUGAUUCAAACAGCUAUCCCCCUCCUGUUCAGGUCAGUUAUGCUCACAAGCUUCUUUCUUAAAACCCAUGACUCUGAUGAGGCCUAAAUCAUGUAUCUUGUAUUAUGUUUGAUGUAGUAUUUUGCUGAUGAAAUGUUAAUAGUCUAAAUGCUGCUAUAGAAUUUUGGAACAACCUGCUGGCUUUUGCAUAUUGUGUAUUUAACAUCCUGAAAAUGUGUUUAUCUCUUUAAUUUCUAACUACCAUUUAUAUGUUGAAAUGCUCUAGCUGUGAGAUCGUAAAACUGUGUUUGGACAGUAUUUCAGGUAACGUUUGUGUUCAGGUAUUUUUUUCUCCACCUACAAACUAUGUAAAAAGCUGCAUUUAGAAUAACUUCUAAUAUUUCAUCUCAGUCCAGGAUUACUAAUGACAAAACACAUGGGACCCUUAAAAUGUUAAUUACACCUUUUUGCUGCUAAAUUUAUAGGGUUAUGAAUACUGUAAGUUGUAACAUUAAAUGUUUUUAAUUAA